CUACCGCCGGUAAACCCCAUCGAAGAAGAAUGGUCUGUUUGGUCUGUUUCGCAAGCAUUCCCAGAAGUCUCGCGAUGUUGCGCCUCCCGGUUUAGAAACUGUGACAUUUGGUCAAACUCUAUUGUUACAAAACUACUAUUCCCCUAAUCCCCAUCACGAAUUACAUUCGACGUCACCGAAAACAUCAUGGCGGGGUAGUGUGUUCAUGGGCGCUAAAUUUGGAAUAAAACGUCAAACAUAUGGAAUAUAUCUCUAAAAAAGGAAUUUAAUCACGAGACUGUCACAGUCUCUCUCUGCAGUAGGACAGAAUGGUCCGCAGAUCCAGGAUCAGUGUUCGGCCCAACGUCAGGCCGGCAGGCAGAGGCCCAGCAGUCCCAGCCUCCUCCCAAGACACUCCUCCAUCGUCCCAGGCCACCGAGGCUUCUUCCCAGGCAGGAAGCCAGGAGGUGGACACCACCACUACUGUAGUACCAGAAACUUCCACAGAGUCCACCACACCCAGAGAGGAUGAUGAAGACCCAAAUGCUGAGGCUUCCAGUGGCACCCCAUCAGACAGUAUUCAAAGGAGGAAGAGGUUCUCUUUCAUACCAAACCUUGGCAUACCCCGGGCGGGCGCAACCCCGGCCCUCACCCUCUCCUUCCCCCGGACCUCCAAGUGCCCUGUGAGAGCGGGCACUGAGACCCCAGCCCCUGAGGCUCCAGGGGCCCGCAGCGAGACAGAUGCUGGACCACAGGGCAUGAGAUACCCAAGGCGGAGGCCCUCUGGAGGUAGUAGGCAGGCCAAAGUACAGCCCAAACCCAGCCCCCUGUCCCCAUCUUCCCCAGCCCCUGAGACAACAACCCCCCCACUGGGGAAGCAGGCAGUGCAUUACUCAUCCCCGCCAAAACAGACCCUGCAGGCAGCAAACAAGGAGGAAACAUCCUCACAGCUCACCAAACAAGACAAAGGCAGCAUCCAAUUAGAUCUCUCAAAAAAAACACCAGCCAUUAAAGCUCCAUUCACUCCAUCAGAGAAUGUCCCAUCAUCCUCCCUUUCACACAAAGAGGGUAUCUCAGUAUCUGAGAGAGCUAUGACUCUGGUAGCCAGGUCUGUUGGGCUCACCGGGUUGGCACCAGGGAAGUCCAGGCUUAGCAGGUUCCUGAAUGACCCAACGGACCUGCAGAGGCUGGCCAAGGCCCGGCAGCUCAGAGAACUGCUGAGACAGGAGAUGAACAAGGAAAAGAAACUGAGGAAAGCCAAGGUGUGUUUGAGUGAAUAUACGCUGGAUCCCUCUAAAAUGACCACGAGAGAUCUCCUAUACUACCUGCCUGAUACCAACCCCAUGACGUCCUAUCUGGAAGAGGAACAGAGGGAGAACCAGACUGUUCUGCCUCUCACCCCCUCAAGAGAAGAGUCACCUGCGAGGCCCCCAACGCCAGAGGCCCCGGCUGAGACAGCAAGCCAGAGGGAUGAAGAUGAGGAUGAUGUUGACGCUAACGAUGGGGUGAUUGUGCCGCGAGUGAGGGUGGCAGAGGACGGGUCUCUGAUCAUCAAUGAGGAGAGUUUGACGGUAGAGGUCCUGAGGCAGAAAGGGCCAAAUCCAGCUGAUGAUGGAGACCCAAUCUUUGAGCGUGGCUCCACAACCACCUACUCUAGCUUUAGGAAAGGGACAUACGUCAAACCCUGGUCCAACAAAGAGACAGACAUGUUCUUCCUGGCUAUCAAUAUGGUGGGAACAGACUUCUCUAUGAUUGGACAGCUGUUUCCUCACCGCGGUCGCAUUGAGAUCAAGAACAAGUUUAAGAAAGAGGAGAGAGCAAACAGCUGGAGGAUAGACAAGGCCUUCAAGGAGAAGCGUAGGCUGGAUCUGGAGUUCUUCACAAGCCUCUUGGAGAAGAUCUUGGGCAUCGAGGCGAAGAGUAACAAAAACAACAAGUCCCCCACGGACAAGAAAGUGAUCAAGAAAAAUAAGAGAAAACCAAAAGAAAAGAAAGCAGCGAAUCAGCUGAGUGACGUGGAGGAGGAGAGGUCAGAUGCGGAGAUGGACAGCGACGAGGUGGAGGGAGAGAAGGAGAACGUCUCUAACGUAGGGAACACAACUGCCGCUGACUCCACCUCCCCCAAGAGAAAACGCAAAAGGAAGGAUGGAGGAGAGUCCUCCCCUAAAAAAGCAAUGUAUGGAAAGAAAAAGAAGAGCAGCAACCUGGUAGCAAAUGAUCAAGAAGAGGCUGGAGUACCGGAAGGUGAAGUACCUGAGGACCAGUCACCUGCUGAAAGUUCAAAGCAAGCGGAAGGGCCAGUGGAAGGAGACAAGGGUCAUGUGGAGAUCAAACCAGCCCAGCUGUCCCGUGGUCGACCCCAGAGACCUCUCCCUAACCUGGGGAGGAAGUGGGGCCAGAGAGGCCUGCAUCCCAAGACCAAGCCUAAAGAUAAAGAUGGGCCCACACCUGUGGAGGAGGAGAACACUGAAGAAGGAGUUUCUAAGGAACAGGUUGAUAAAGCUGCUUCGUCGAAAGUCAGUCAAAAGAAGAAGAAAGCUGGUGAUGUCUCUUCAUCUGAGGAAGAGGAGGAAGAAGCCAACGAUAAACCCAUCAAAUCCACCAGGUAUGGUAGAAUACCCCAAAAGACACAGCUCCUGAAUUACCCUGCAAAGGAGGAGGGGGACUCGCCGUCUGACUCUGCCCCCGCUCCUGCCUCAAACGGAUCCCCAUCCACUUCCUCCUCAUCCACCAAGCUGAAAGCCAAACCACCAACCAGAAGGGCCAAAAUCAAACCUGGCCCCGCCCUGCCAGUUAGGAAGGGCCAAUCAGUGGCCCGGAAACCCAAGCUGAUAACCCUGAGGGCCUCCCAGUCUGAAGAUGAUGAUGAGGAGGGAGGAAGAGAACAGAAAGAGGAGGCACAGGCCCAGGAAGACCACCACAAUCCCACAAGUUCCGGGGAGGAGAACCAGGCGCAAGCGUUUGCUCCUAUGAGCCUUCGCUCGCCACAACCCGUCGCCACAGAGGUUGAGGAGAACAUGGAAGAGCUUGAUAUCGCCACCAAUCUGCCUGACAUCCUGGCUCUAUCCCAGGAUGCAUUCUGUCCUGACUUGUCAUGCGAUCAGGCGCAGGGUGAAAUGGGCACAGUGCCCUGUGAACAUCAGUUGGACCUGUUAGUAGAUGUAAUUGACUUCCUGUCUCCAGAUAACAUGGAAGUGUCUGAGGAGAGCUACAACGAGGCAGCUAGAACCUUACUGGCCAUCGGCAAUCUCACCCACCUGUCUCAGCCUGCUGAGGCCUGCACUGCAGCAGAUGAUUUCAUCACUGAAGAAUGUUCCAAUGAGGAACAACAGUACCAGAUGUCAUCACAGCCCGCUGACCAAUCACAAACUAGCACUACUCCUUCUGAAUCUCUGACCCCUAACCUUUGGGUCACUGAGGCAUCCCUGACUGCUGAGGAUUCUGUCCCUGUUGCCAGGUCAACAGCCUCUAUCCCAGUCUCCAAGAUAUCAGCCUAUGUUGCAGUCGCUAUGACAACAACCACAUCUGUCCCAGUCACCACGACAACAAAAAUAGCCUCUGUCCCAGUCACUAAGACAGCAGCCUCUGUCCUUGUCACCAUAACGACAGCUUCUGUCCCAGUUACCAGGACAACCGCCUGUAUUCCAGUUACCAUAACAACCGCCUCUGUCCCCGUCACCACAACAACAUCCUCUGUCCCAAUCACCACGACAACAGCCUCUGUCCGAUUCACCACGAGCACAGCUUCUGCCCAAGUGCCUCAGAGCAGUGACGAGCCAACUCAGGAAACCACACCUGCAGAGGAGGAGCCUCUCAGACAUGGGGAGGGAACUGUUAUUGGACACGCCUCUUAUGUGAAAUUAUGUUCAGAAGUGUUCAAGCAGCAGACGACCUCACAGACCAGGAGGAGCCGCUUCCCUAAGGUCAAACCCAACAUGGGCCUGGCUGCCAGGACCACACAACCCAAACCAACACAUCCUACAGAAAGUAUUACCACACAGCCAAAACCACCACAGUAUACCAUCACACAAUCAGAACCACCACCACAGCCUAUGCUGAAUAUCACUGCAUCCUCAAAACCACAGCCAUCCAAGAAUAUCACCACAGAACCACCACUGCCUACCGAGAGUAUUACCACAGAGUCAGAACCACAGCCCAAACAGAGAAGUACCACACACUCCAACCCACAGCGCACUGCAAAUAUCAUCACACACAGAGAACCACAGCCCAUUCAGAGGACCAGAGUAGCCCAUUCAAAGCCACAGUGUAGACAAAAUAUUACUACGCACACAGAACCAGACCAGCCCACACUAAAUACCACCACACAGUCAGAAACACCACCAGCCUACACUAGAUACCACCACACAGUCAGAACCACCCCAGCCCACACUAAAUACCACCACACAGUCAGAACCACCCCAGCCCACACUAAAUACCACCACACAGUCACAACCACCCCAGCCCACACUAAAUACCACCACACAGUCAGAACCACCCCAGCCCACACUGGAUACCAUCACAAACACACUCUCAGAACCACAGCCCAUCCCAAAUCUUGAGCAGCCAGGCCCAGGUACACGCAGAACCAGAGCCCCAGUCCCAGAGUCACCUCUGAAGGUCAUCAGAAGAGGAGAAAGGUUGCGAUGGCCCAAAGGAAUAUACUUCCUCCUCCCUCAGUGCUGUAGGGUCUCAGUCAGGAACAUCAGACUCAGACCAGCCCAAACAGGCUGGUCCUCCAACCCGCAGAGCCCGUUUACCUAAACCCAAACCCAACUUGGAUCGCACCGCUAGAUCCGCCACACGCACUUCAUCCCAGGUACCAGAAAGCAGAAACUGCCCUGUAGCCCAGACACCAGAUGCUGCUACCACGCCCAGCUCUGAAUUCCAGACACCACAUGUUGAGGCUACCAGGCCCAACUCUGAAUUCCAGACACCACAUGAUGAGGGUACCAGGCCCAGCUCUGAAUUCCAGACACCACAUGUUGAGGCUACCAGGCCCAACUCUGAAUUCCAGACACCACAUGUUGAGGCUACCAGGCACAGCUCUGAAUUCCAGAUACCACAUGUUGAGGCUACCAGGCCCAACUCUGAAUUCCAGACACCACAUGAUGAGGGUACCAGGCCCAGCUCUGAAUUCCAGACACCACAUGUUGAGGCUACCAGGCCCAACUCUGAAUUCCAGACACCACAUGUUGAGGCUACCAGGCACAGCUCUGAAUUCCAGACACCACAUGUUGAGGCUACCAGGCCCAGCUCUGAAGUCCAGAUACCACAUGUUGAGGCUACCAGGCCCAGCUCUGAGGUCCAGAUACCACAUGUUGAGGCUACCAGGCCCAGCUCUGAGGUCCAGAGACAUUGCGCUGAAGUUCAAACACCAGAGGAGGCUGAUGAGGUUCCCAUGGAAAUACAACAGAUUCACCAAGUCAUCCCCCUUACUGACAUCAUUGAUGUUACCCAGGAGAAAAUACAGCUGAUUCACCAAGUCACCCCCCUUACUGACAUCAUUGAUGCUACCCAG